UUCAUAAAUACGCCUGAACGAUUGUAUGCGCUGCUCAUUUCGCGCAAAUCGUUCGAUACAGUGGUGGCGGGUUGGUCGUACGCUCUGCCACGUGUCGAACAGAAAAAAACACCGUAUUAGAAGUGUGUGUGCCCGUUUGUUUGUUUGUUCAAUGUGAUUAAGUGAAAAAGAGUAAAAACGGUUAUCCCAAAGGGUGUAAUUUCCCUAUUGUACGUUUUCCAGCGACUUCACUUCACAGUCUGGAACCCUCUAGGCACAACAAAACACACAACACACAGAACCGGGUUAAACCGUUGGCAUCCCUUGUCCGUACCAUCCCCUUGCCUUGGUGUUCGAUCGACACUGGUCGUGAUCGUGCGGUGGUUUGUGUUGCUUGAAACUUUCUCUCUCCGGGGCAAUACUCCGCUACCACCGUUCGACAACAAACUAUAAGAGCGACGAUCUUCCCCGACCGGUGCUGCAUAAUCGUCGCAAAAACGGGAACCAUCGGACGGGCUCACAGCCUCACACAGCUUCACUGUUGAUCGGUCGAGCGUUGCGUGUGGACCGUGUGUGUGUGUGUGCGAGUGUGCAGUGGCGCUCGUUUGGAUCGUUAAAUUCUAACAGUUAGACAUUCACCGUGUGCUGUGAAGGCGUGAAAGUGCACAAUAAGAUAAGCAGUGAAAGAGAGCAUCGUUGCUCUUCGGAUAUUAUCUAAAAUCGAGUAGAAAUCGUGCAAAGCAGCAGAAUGUUUGUGAAGCGAAGAAAAGUGGCCAACUUUAAUAAUAACUCCUUUCUCGGCAACUCCAAUUACGAGAAUGGUGGAGAUGCGGGCAAGAUUGCGGCGGCCGCGAAGACGCGCUGCGGCAAGCACAAGGACUGUGCCGGUAACGUUUCUCCCGAGUGCCUGCAGGUGGCGACGAACGUGACCGAGCAGAAGCACAACGUGUCACGGGAGGUGCGCGGUCAGAACCUUGGGCUGUGCAGGGGCUUCCGCGGCUGCACCGUCUGGCUGACGGGGCUGAGCGGCGCGGGCAAGACGUCGAUCGCGUUCGAGCUGGAAGCGUACCUCGUAUCCAAAGGCAUCCCGGCGUACGGGCUCGACGGGGACAACAUCCGCACCGGGUUGAACAAAAACCUCGGCUUCUCGCAGGUCGACCGGGAGGAGAACAUUCGCCGCGUGGCCGAGGUGGCGAAGCUGUUCGCCGACAGUGGCGUCGUGUCGAUCUGCAGCUUCGUGUCGCCGUUCGCGGAGGAUCGCGAGAUGGCGCGCAAGAUCCACAAGGAUGCGGAUUUGAAGUUUUUCGAGAUCUACAUCGACACGCCGCUGGAGGUGUGCGAGACGCGCGACACGAAGGGCCUGUACAAGAAGGCGCGCCAGGGCGUGAUCCAGGGCUUUACGGGCGUGACGCAGGCGUACGAGGCGCCGGACGCACCGGAUCUGCGCGUCAGCACGGAGGGUAUGACGGUGCGCGAGUCCACGCUGAAGCUGAUCAAGCUGCUGGAGAGCGAAGCGAUCAUACCGAAGUUCCUGAAGGAGGACGAACCGCUGCCGGAGCUGUUUGUGGCGGAAAGCCUCAAGGCGGCGCUGGAGGCGGAAGCGAAAACGCUGCCCGCGCUGGCGCUCACCGAGGUGGAGCUGCAGUGGCUCCAGAUACUGGCCGAGGGGUGGGCCUACCCGCUGAAGGGGUUCAUGCGCGAACAGGAGUACCUGCAGGCGCUGCACUUCAACUGUCUGCUGAACGAGGACGAAACGCUGCGCGUCAAUCAGUCCGUGCCGAUAGUGCUGUCCGCGACCGAGGCCGAUAAGCAGCGGCUCGAGGGGGUCAGUGCACUUGCGCUGCAGUACGGCGGGCGCACGGUGGCGGUGUUGCGCAAGCCCGAGUUCUACUACCAGCGCAAGGAGGAGCGGUGCGCCCGGCAGUUCGGCACGAGCAAUCGGGCCCAUCCGUACAUCAAGAUGAUCUACGAGUCGGGCGACUAUCUGGUGGGGGGCGAGAUCGAGGCACUGGAGCGCAUCCAGUGGAACGACGGGCUGGACGCUUAUCGGCUGACGCCGAACGAGCUGCGGGAAAGGUUCCGCGAGAUCAAGGCGGACGCCGUGUUUGCCUUCCAGCUGCGCAAUCCGAUCCACAAUGGGCACGCGCUGCUGAUGAGCGACUGCCGGCGGCAGCUGCUCGAGCGCGGCUACAAGAACCCGGUGCUGCUGCUGCACCCGCUCGGUGGGUGGACGAAGGACGACGAUGUGCCGCUGCCGGUGCGCAUGGCCCAACACCAGGCGGUGCUGGAUUCGGGCGUGCUCGAUCGCGACCACACCGUGCUGGCCAUCUUCCCGUCGCCCAUGAUGUAUGCCGGCCCGACGGAGGUGCAAUGGCAUGCGAAAGCUCGAAUGAAUGCCGGUGCCAAUCACUACAUUGUUGGGCGCGAUCCGGCCGGCAUGCCGCACCCGGACAAGGACCUUUACCCGGAUGGCAAUCUGUACGACGGAACGCACGGCGCGCGUGUGCUCAAGAUGGCCCCCGGAUUGGACAGCAUAGAGAUUCUUCCCUUCCGUGUGGCCGCUUACGAUAAGUCGUGCUCGCAGAUGGCGUUCUUCGAUCCGGCACGCAAGCAGGACUUCGAUUUCAUCUCCGGCACCCGAAUGCGCACGCUGGCCCGCAACGGCGAGAACCCGCCCAACGGGUUCAUGGAGCCGAAAGCGUGGCAGAUUCUGGCCGAGUACUAUCAGUCGCUGCAAAAGCCGCAGUAGUCAGUAGUCGUCGACGGUUUUACUUUUCUCAUUUUAAACCACUGUUUAUGUUACGAUUAUGUUUUAUGUUUUUUUUUAUGUACACGCGCAACCCCUUCGCUUUGCAAAAGCACCGAAGCAUUUUGAGCAUACCAUUGUGUAGGCAGUAAUAAACGGCCCCGUGUCGGUACGGUACGGGGCUAAAACGAUUGGCAGUGAA